CAAAUAGUUUUUGGACCCGCUAUACAUUUGCUGUAAGCCUCUUGCCUUACUACAGACUGCACUGUGUGAAUGACCAUUGUAGAAUAUGGGAUACUGGCCAAAGACGACAUAUGUUGUCAAAUCCGUUGAAUGCGUAUAAUUGUGUAUGUGUGUGUGCAUGCUAGUGUGUUCGAGAUUUUUUUGUCUUUUUACCUACCCACCCUUCUCUGAUAUGUAGGAAUUAGUGAUCAUUGCUUAACUAUAAACCAACCCUAAUCAAAGUGCCAAAUCCUUAAAAAGACAGCUGUUGUCAUGUGCUUUAAUUCACAGCUAUCUCCCUUUGUCAAGCAAAGCUGGACACAGUUGUCUGGUAGAGACAGCUAGGGAACAGGGGUUAACAGACUUCUCUCAGUGAAAUGGUCUUUUACACAUCCAUGCCACAUGCCCAUCAGUCACAAAAAUCAGAGGAUAAAGUCACCAUGGAUCCACAAAAUAAUUUUGAAAGCCCCAACAGCGAUGAGCAGCAGUUGGAGAACUGCAAUCGAACUGAAUGGAUUGGCAUGGGGAGAAGCGACACUCUCAACCUGGCUAAGCGGCAGCUUUGGAACUGGAUCUGUCUUAUAGUGGUUUCUACGAGCCUGUUACUCCGACCAGUGUGCUGCCAAAAAUGUCGAAUUCAGCGCUGUAAUGCGGAGUAUGUGGCCUCGUUCUCACCCUCCGGUGGCUUGCAAGAGGAGGUGCUUCCAGAAGUAGACUACUGCAUCGCUCUGAGGGCCUACUCGUUGUGUACGCGCCGCACAGCUCAUGGAUGUAGAGGGGACUUGGUGUACCACUCCGCUGUAUUCCGUAUUAAAGAGCUCUUUGCACAGCACAACUGCUCCAGUGAUGGCCCAACAUCAUCGGCCAAAGCACCCAGCACUUCCAAGCCGCCAGUAGUAGACGUAUGCAACUAUGAAAGCACGGUGCUCGCAUUGGGCCCGGCGGCCCAACAGAAAAAGUAUGGACAUUGUGGAUUAUUCGGUGAUCCUCACUUACGGACCUUUCGGGAUGAGUUCCAGACAUGUAGGGUUGAAGGGGCCUGGCCACUCAUCCACAACCGAUACCUUUCAGUUCAAGUCACAAAUGUACCAGUGGUUGAAGGCUCCAGUGCUACAGCAACCAACAAGAUAACCGUCAUCUUCAAGUCCUACCAUGACUGCACCGAGCAGAAGGUGUACCAGGCCACCACCGAGGACCUGCCGUCGGCGUUCCAGGAUGGCACACGAAGCGGUGGGAAAGGAGAGAGCCUGUGGAUCGUGGAAGGUAGUGGAGGUCUAGGUAUAUCGCAAGUGAAGAUCCACGCUCACUACCUAGGCACGUCCAUCAUCGUGCGACAAGUGGGUCGCUACCUUACGUUUGCCAUCCGCAUGCCUGAGGACUUAGCAGAGGAGAACGGGGGCCUGCAGCUGUGUCUGCAUGGCUGCCCGAGCAGUGAGGUCAUCAAAGCCCACGUGCUCAACCGGCAGCAGACCCUGCGUCCACCGCGACUCAUGGCCGGCUGGUACGGGGAGAACGACGGCGGCGGCGAGCUGCAGCAAGGCCUUUCGUCACACGUGGACAUGCUGGAACAUGCGACUACAAAGUGUCGAGAGAUGCUCCAGGUGGAGGACGUUUAUUUCCAGUCGUGCGUGUUCGAUCUUCUCACGACAGGAGAUCCAGAGUUCUCCAUGGCUGCGUAUGGAGCCCUGGAGGACCUUAAGGCGCUUCCGCCAAGCACUCUGAAACAAAGCUCACCCAGGACUCCACACACUUAUAACAGAGGAACAGUAGUUACACCGUCUGUUUUCACAGCUCUGGUUCUUAUGCUGCUUUUGAACUGAAGGAGCUGGUCUAGACGCCAGCUUGAGAAUGGAUCCCCACCAGCCAGACUGUUCUUCAAGCAUGAAACCCUCCUGGAAAAACAAUCAAACUGACUUUAAACCAUCUGCAAGUGAGAGACGGAUCCAAACAGACACAUUUCCAUUGAAACCUGCAGUGUUU